AUGGGAAGGACCAUCGAAAAGUGCGUACCUGAUGCUCCCCAAAUUUUGAACGACAUGAUGCUCCGAAAUAGUCAUCUGGAAGUAAAUAGUUACACCUUCUCCAAUGAUCCCACUUCAGAAGAAGAGAUGAAGAGAAAGAGAAUGAUGCUUAUGGACUGGGAUUCGGAGAAGCAGACUGUGUCAGAAAGUCAAGAGGGAAUGGAGAGCGAAAAGUCUUUUGUAGAAAGGGAAGUAGAACAUGGAAAAACUCAAACAGAAAAUAUUAUAAUGAAGGUAGAACCGAUAGAGAUGGAAGCCGAGGAUUCUUUCCCUUUGAGUCCCACUAAGUUCAUUCCGAACCUCUUGAAGAUUCUCCCAAGUGCCAACGAUGCGCCGACCCAGAUAAUCCUCUGUGCCCCUGAAGCCAAGGAACGCGAUGCAGGUGGAGACUCCAUGAGCAUCACGGAAGACGAGGAUUAUGACUGGAGGAUUAUGGAGGAUUAUGACCAAGCAGGCUUGGAAAUCGUUGCCGAGCACAUCUCUCACGAUUCAGAAGAUACUGAGGACGGCGACUCGGAUUCCACUCAGAAAAUUAAAUUUUGCUGUGAUGUAAUCGUCGAAAACUCAGACGAAGAGCUGAACGAGGAAGGAACAGUCCAAGAACCACAUGAAACGGAAAAUGUGGGAUCACCGGACCUCUUGGACCAGUAUCUCAGAGCAUCCAGUGAUGAGAAACUGGGAACAUUGGGUGCUAAGAAGGAAUUGAUGUUUCAGGGGCAUGAAAGUGAAAACGACUUUUGGGAAGGGGAUUCCACUUCUACGUUUUCCUCCUCUGACGAAGACACUGACUCUGACAGAUCCUCCCAGAAAGUGAAGCUCAAAACGAUGAAAAGGAUAUCAAUGGAGUCCCAAGAGAAGCAGAAGCGGCCUCCGCAUUUGAAUGUCGGACACGAGCAGCGUCAUCGUCGAGUUCUCCUGAAUGACUCUCUCCUCGCAUCAGACCACACUGCUUAUGAUGGGAAAAAGUACAAACGAUUAGCUCUGAAGCAGACAAUGAAAAUGCUUCCAAAGGCAGUCGAAAAUGAUACAUCGGGCGAAGAAGACGAGGAAGAUAUGGACGACCUCCUGGGAAGGCAGAAAAUGAGAGGUCAAAGAGUCAGCAAGAAAAGAGCAGAUAAUGACGGAGAUCGACGGAAAUGUAAUCUGGAAAAAGUUGACGAUGGCAGCAGCGAUGUCAAAAGAAAGGAUGAAAUAUGCAUGUCACUGGGGCCGCACGUGUACAAGGAGCAGCUCUCACUGGUCGAGGUGAACCGAAAGAUUCUGGAAAGUAUCCUAGGGAGCUAUGACAGCCAGGGGACCGCUGUAUCAUUCAAUGCAUCCAAUGAUUCAGGCACUGAGUCUGAAGAAAAUGAUCAAAAUGAAGGAAAGGUGCAAAAGAAGAAAAAGAAUGAUGAGAAAACCGGAAUGAAUAUAGAAAUGGAAGUGGGAAUCGAAGAAGAGUCCUUCGAAAAGGAUAAUGACGAUGGGGAGGAGUUGAUGGACAUGGUCCAGAUGAAAUUGAAACCCAAAAAAGAGAAAUCAGCUGCCAUAAGGGAAGCUUUAAAAUUGCUGAAGAUGAAGUUCAGUGACACGGACACGAGUGAGGAAGAGGAGAAAUCCCGGAAAUUAGAGAAAACCCGAAAGAAGGAAAGGCAGGAUCAUGAUGGUGACAUCCUUAGUCGUGGAAAGAAAAGGCAGUACCAGAUCCAAGACUUGGGUGGAACAGAUUUCGAGAAUGAUGAGGCAUCUAAACAAAGAGCAAAAAGGAAGAAGGAAGAUGAAAGUCAUCCCUCCAGCUGCUACUUUGCCACCCCCUCUCAAAUGGCAGAUUCGGACGAAGAUGGCGACAAUGUGGAAGUCACACGUCAGAACAAUGACUCCCAGGAAAACAGACAUAGAAGAAAUAUUUCCAAGAUCCUCGAGGAAUCCCAUUUAAAAAUGUCAACCCAGGAAGCGAUCUUGGAGGAGAGGCACCAUCGUACGAGAAUAUCAGAAAAGUGGAAACACUUCGAUGAGGUGAUGCCGAAGGAGCAGAAGGAAGUGAUGAACCUAUCACGAGCGAGCGACGAUCUGAUCCUUGACUUCGACCAGGAGACGAAGGAGCGAGUACAGGUGCAUCCAUUGCUUGCGCAGAAGAUGAAGCGACACCAGCGUGAAGGGAUUCGAUUCAUGUUUGAUGCCUGUAUUGAGUCGGUGAGGCGAAAGAACCAGGAGGGUGUCCUUGGCAGUGGAUGUAUCCUGGGUCAUUCCAUGGGUCUCGGUAAGACUCUUCAAGUAGUGGCGUUCCUCCAUACCAUUCUCACAAGCAAGGCACUUGGAUUUAAGACUGCUCUUGUGCUCUGCCCGUAUAACACAGUCCUGAACUGGGACCAGGAAUUCAAAAUCUGGCUGGAGGGACAAGAUCUAAAAAAAAUUGACAUCUUCAAUAUGGCCAACGAGAAAAAUGUCAAGUUGCGCAAGUAUCGUGUGAAACAAUGGCAUCGAGGCGGCGGAGUCAUGAUCAUUGGGUACAACAGGUUUCGAAUCCUUGCCAACCCCAGCAACGAGAAAUUGAAGAAAAGGCAUCGCAAGCGGUUAAAGGAAGCUUUCAUUAACCCCGGUCCGGACCUGGUGGUUUGCGACGAGGGGCAUAUCCUCAAGAACGAGAAGAGCCUCAAUUGUCGAAUCCUGAAUCAGAUUCGGACGCGUCGGCGCAUCGUCCUCACUGGGACACCGCUGCAGAACAACUUGAAGGAGUAUUAUUGCAUGAUCCAGUUCGUAAAGCCCAAUCUCCUGGGAACGAUGAAGGAAUUCACAAACCGCUUCGUGAACCCGAUCGAGAACGGACAGCACAGCGACUCCACUGUGGAAGACGUGAAAGUGAUGAAGCGUCGGUCCCAUGUUCUUCAUGAUCUCCUGAAGGACUGUGUCCAAAGGAAAGACGAUGGGGAGCUUGCGCCGUUCCUGCCUCCUAAGCUGGAAUACGUUGUUAGCGUGCGGUUGAGUCCCAUUCAGAUUGACCUUUACCAACAUUACUUGGAGAAUUACUGUCGGUUUCGGAAAGGGUUAAGAGGUGGCGGGAUAUCCCUCUUCUCCGAUUUUCAAGCCCUCUCACGCAUAUGGACCCACCCAAAAACCCUCAUCAUGCAUGGGAAUAUGAUGGAAGUGAAGGCAACUGAUGAGAGAGCUCAGUCGUUGUGGUGGAAGAAGAUUAUUGAAGAGUCGGGCGUGAAUGUGGAAGAUUAUGCCCUGAGUGGGAAGAUGGUGCUCCUCGCAAACAUCCUUCAUUACUGUGAAAUUAUCAAGGACAAAGUCUUGGUGUUCACGCAGAGCCGCCUUUGCCUUGACUUAGUGGAGCAGUUCCUUAAGUUUCUUGCCUCAAACCGGGACCAAAUCUUUAUGACGCUGGAUCCCGAGACAGUCCUCGAAGAAACUGCCGAAACCCCUGGUGCCAAUGACGCAGGUUCAAAACGAGGAGAGCAAAGGAGCCAGGAGUACGAUCCGCGCAAGGGGUCCUGGGUACAAGGUAGGGACUACUUUCGCAUCGACGGCAGUACAGACGUAUGUACCAGGAAGGACAUCACCACUCUCAUCAACGACCCGGAGAACCAUCGGGCGCGAUUGUUGCUGAUAUCGACAAAAGCUGGUGGAAUGGGUAUCAACUUGGUGGGUGCGAAUCGGGUGGUUAUCCUGGAUACCUCGUGGAAUCCUUCCAAUGAUGUCCAGGCACUCUCUCGCGUCUAUCGGAUGGGGCAGCUAAAACAAGUCUACGUAUACCGCUUCUUUGCCAAGGUUACAUUUUCCCUCGCGUGUUCGUUUGGGAAAGGAGUGCUAAGUGUAGAAUUCAGAAAUCGCUUAACUCUUGCCAACGACAGAGAUGUUAUUGAAAUGGAAUUGAAGAGGGGACAAGAUGUACGUUAA